AUGAGGGUGAACCUUUCUCUGUUUCUCAGCCUCCUGGGCCUGGCAUGCCAGGUCCAGGCCGAUCCGACUUGGCCUUCAGAUGUCGACGAGCUGGAGGAGAUCAUGUAUCAGACGUUCAACGCCAGAUCACGAAAGUUUGCCGACUCCGUCUUUCCUUGCAACAAGGGAAUAUCCGGCACAGGCCGUCAAACUGCUGCCGAAUGGCUGAGAACCGCCUUUCACGACAUGGCGCCCGCCAACAAGGGCGCAGGCGUAGGAGGCUUGGAUGCGUCUAUUCAGUAUGAGCUGGCAACUACGUCCACCGGAGAGAAUACCGGCCCUGCCUUCGCGUCUUCGUUGACCUUCUUUGCGCCCUACCUGACCCGCAAGAGCAGUAUGUCGGAUCUGAUCGCCCUCGGAGUGUACACCUCUGUGCUGUCCUGCGGCGGCCCAUCGAUCGCCUUGCGUUCUGGUCGCAUCGACGCGGCCGUGAGAGGCGCCAUCGGCGUGCCGCAGCCCGGCAACGCCAUUUCCAUCUUCCGGACACAGUUUGACCGCAUGGGGUUCACGCCUCAGGAGAUGGUCCAGGUGACGGCCUGCGGUCACACCAUUGGCGGUGUGCAUUCGGCCGAGAAUCCAACCAUCGUCCCCGUCGGCACUUUUGCCAACGGCAUGGCACCCAUGGACACGACAGCCGGCGUUUUCGACAGCAAGAUCGUUACCGAGUAUCUCGACGGCACCACCACGAAUCCGCUCGUCUUUACCAUAGGCACCGCCCGAAACAUGAAUUCUGACUUCAAGGUUUUCAACUCGGAUAACGCGACGAUGCGUGCCAUGGCCGACAACGCUGUCUUCAAAUCCGUUUGCAAAACGAUGUUCGAGAAGAUGAUCGAUACCGUGCCGUCUGGCGUCGCCCUCAGCGAUGCUAUCAAGCCCUAUACGGUCAAGCCGGUCGAGCUCCAGCUCUCCCUUGCCUCUCCUUCCACCAUGCAGCUCAAGGGCUACAUCCGUGUUCGAACGACCGACAUACCGCUGGGUGACAUUGCGGGCCUGACAGUAAACUACAAGACCAGGGACGGGAGCUCUACCUGCGGAUCCGGCAAUUGCGUCUUCACGCUCUCGGUCCUAGGCAUUUCCCGAGGCCUGGAAGACAACUUCGCCUGGUUUCCAAUUACUCAGACCUUCCCCGUCAGCACGGGUAUCUCCUCUUUCACCGUCACCAUCAACAAGAAUGACGGCUCGAGCACUCUUUUCAACAACAACGGCAACGGGUACCCCUUGCAGGAUGGCAUCUUUCUCCAACAGCCCCAGAGCUGCCUCCUGCAGACGACUGGUGACGCCACCUUUGUCGCUGCAGUCCGCAAUGACCGAGCAUCCCUUCCGGUCAGGGUGGAGAUCUCAUACAAGACGAAGCGCACGAACAGUGUUGUGCCUCUAUUGAGCAAGAUGACCAUCGACAUGGUCAAGGGGGACUGUCGAGGCAGCUACACUUUCUUCACCGUCACCACCAAUAUCCCCGGCGGUCUCAGCUUCGAGUCGACCAUGGACUUCAUCAGUGGAGAAGGCGCCUCCGCCUUGGUCGACUCUUUCAAGAAGGCCGACCCCAUCGGAGGCACCUGCGCAGCGUGGUCGGGAGGAUCUGGCACUUGCAACGGCGUCACCGUUUCCUCUACCGCAACACCGACGACCUCGUCAGCCUCUCGCACAUCCAGCACUGUUCCCACCGCCACUCUCCAUCAUCGGGAGACUAUGGGUGGGUACAAGCUUGUUUCCUGCUGGACCGAGGCCUCGGGUGGCCGCGCCCUCACCGGCGCCGCCUUCGCUUACGACGGCAUGACGCUGGACAGCUGCAUGGCGAACUGCACCGGAUUCGACUACUGGGGUACUGAGUAUGGGCGCGAGUGCUACUGUGGCAACUCCCUGGCUGCCUCUACUACUUCGGCUCCCUUGAGCGACUGCAGCAUGCAGUGCUCCGGCGAUUCGACGCAGUACUGCGGAGCUGGCAACCGUAUCGAGCUGUACUCGACCACGGCCACUCGCAGUAGCAGCUCGACGCCGGCGCCGACAGCAACUCUUGCCCAUAUCAACACCGUCGGCAAGUAUUCGUUCAUGGGUUGCCACACCGAGGCCGAUGGUGGCCGUGCUCUACGGGCUGCUCAGACCGCUGGCGACGACAUGACGCUGGAGAAGUGUGCCGCAUUCUGCUCCGACUACACCUUCUUUGGCACCGAGUAUGGUCGCGAAUGCUACUGUGGCAACGAACUGCAGGCUACCAGUAAGACCGCUCCUCUCAGCGAGUGCAACAUGAAGUGCGCCGGCAACCCGUACCAGUACUGCGGCGACGGCAACCGUCUCGAGCUUUUCAAAGUCAGCAGCUCCUCUUCUACCGCUGUCACGUCGACGUCGUCCGCGACACCCACAUCCAGCUCCGCGACCUCUUUCAGUGCCCAGGCAGGGACGCCAUCUUCAACCUCUACAGCACCAAUAACCAGCUCAUCGCAUCUCUCGAGCUCGUCGGAGCACCCUUCUGAAGUCCUCAGCACCACCUCAUCCACCAGCUCAUUGCCGCAUUUCACCUCUGCGGCUUCUGAAUCAAGCAGCCACGCCGAGCCUUCUAGCAGCUUGACUACGAGCUCACCCCCAACUUCUUCGGCCCCAUCGUCUUCCAGCAGUGUGCCUUCCAGCACCAGGACCUCAAGUUCGACGAGCACCGUCCCCACGCUGGCUCACAAGCCUACCGUUUCUCCUUUCACAUUGGUGGGCUGUUGGACAGAAGGCAACGGCGUGCGUGCAUUGAGCCAAAAGAACUACGCUUCCGGAGACAACAUGACACUGGAGUACUGCGCAUCCUACUGUUCAAACUACAAAUACUUUGGGACUGAAUACAGCAGUGAAUGCUUCUGCGGCAACUCCCUCGCUCCGUCCAGUUCAGAGGCCCCCUUGGCCGACUGCGGCAUGACCUGCAGCGGCAACCAGUACGAAUACUGCGGCGGAGGCAACAGGCUGACCUUGUACCGAUCCGACAAACAAGUAACAGAUCCCACUCAGCCGGCCACCGCUGGAGCGUACACGUUCCUUGGCUGCCGUACGGAGCCCGCGCAGGGCGGACGCGCCCUGGACGCGAAGGCCACUGCCUCGGAUAAGAUGACAAACGAAGCGUGUGCGGCGUUCUGUGACGGCUACAGCUACUUCGGUACAGAAUACGGCGGCGAAUGCUACUGUGGCAACACGCUGCCUGUGACCUCCCUCGAGGCGCCGGCGAGCGACUGCAGCAUGAUUUGCACAGGAUCAACCACUGAGUAUUGCGGUAACGGCAACCGCCUAUCGGUGUAUAAGAAGUGA